AUGGAUAUAAGUGAUAUUUUUUUGUUGACGGUGCUAUUAAUUAGUUCUGGAAAUGCUAUCAGACCGAAGUUACGGCUAACAGUAUACUAUGAGAGUGAGUGUCCUGAUAGUGAAACAUUUAUACUCAAGCAACUUCAGCCGACAGUGCAACAACUGCACAACUAUACUACACUUGAACUAGUGCCUUUCGGCAAGGCAAGGAGUAUAAACUAUGGUAACGACGGCUUCCAAUGCCAGCACGGCUCCUCAGAGUGCCUUGGUAACAUGGUACAGGACUGCGCACUUAAUCGUAUGAAGCAGUACACUGAUGUUAUGAAAGUGGCUUAUGUCGCCUGCGAGAUGAAAACCAGGUCGGGGGCUAAAGGAGAUCUGCAUUGUGUCCAAAAUGCGAAACUGUCUCCUAAAGAUGUAGAAGACUGUGUCUUGACAGGUGAAGGAACAUCGCUACAACUUCACAGCGAAUACCAAACUAACAAAGUGCGACCCACCUUCAUACCGACUAUCACUGUUAACGGGGUAUUUGAUCAACACAUUCAAGAUAAUGCCCAAGUGGAUCUUUUCAGUACUCUGUGUUCAAUAUUGAAAGAAGCUGAGCCGUGUGCGAAACGCUAUAACUGGAUGGCACUUAAUUAUGUAUUAAUAAAUCAACGGUGA